ACUAGGACACAAUAACAAACUGGACCACAGACUAGUAUUAUUGCUUAACGCUACCUCAAGCGAAACUCCGCCAUUGACCACAGCCUUUGACGCGCGUUGAAGAUGGCUAAAUAGUGUUACUAUGCUAAGUAGGAAUCCGCCCACCAUGGGCACCUAGUAACUUUGCGACGCUGCGACCAGCCGAGCAAAUAAGUCCCGUUUUUCACACAGCGAUGAGAGAGACCGGAUACAUGGUUCACCGGGUCAAGGUUUACAAGCUAAAUGCGGAGGGGCAAUGGGAGGACCGGGGCACGGGGCAUAUCAGCGUGGAAUACAUGGAGCAAGCGAGAGCUAUGGGCUUGGUGGUAAUCUCCGAAGAGGAGAACGGGAAGACCCUGCUGGUGCACCAAAUCUCCCGCGAGGAUAUCUACACGCGCUCAGAAACAACGAUAAUCACCUGGCAUGACGCGGAGAUAUCGACUGACGUUGCUAUCAGCUUCCAAGAACAGGUUGGAUGCGAGCACAUAUGGCAGCAGAUCAACCAGGUGCAGGGCGAGGAGCGGCUCAGGCAACAAGAUCACGAAGCGAGGAACCGGAAGGCGAACAGCGACGAGUACGAGCAGCCGACGACUAGCGGCGCGCAUAUGGGCAAUGGUGACUUCAUGGACAAUGACAUGGAGCUGCCGGCGCCGGAGCUGCGGAACCUGGAGAACAUUGCGAAGGUGCUCUCGCAUGUGCCGCCCUUCCACCGGGACCGGAUAGCUGCGCAGCUCAUGAAGCCCAACUACCUCGCGGGGCUGUUGGACCUGUUCAAGCAAUGCGAGGACCUGGAGAACACGGAGGGGCUGACGCACAUGUACGCCAUUGUGCGGAGCGCCAUCAUGCUCAACGACAGCAGCGUGCUGGAGGAGAUGCUGAAGGAGGAGCACGUGAUGGACGUGCUGGGGGCGCUGGAGUACGACCCGGACGUCAAGCAGCCGCAGAAACACCGGGAGUUCCUGCAGAGCCACGUGCAGUUCAAGGAGGUGGUGCCCAUUACCAACGCGCAGAUCCUGGCUAAGAUCCACCAGACUUACCGCAUCCAGUACCUGAAGGACGUCAUCCUGCCCAGGUCGUUGGACGACGCGACGUAUGCGACGCUGUCCUCCCUGGCGCUGUUCAAUAACAUGGAGGUGGUGGGCGCGCUCAUGGCGGACAGCGCCUUCCUGCCGCAGCUGUUCCAGCGGCUGCAGUCGGCCGACCCCGCGGACGCACAGUGGCACGACCUUGUGGCGUUCCUGCAGGAGUUCUGCAGCCUGGCGCGGCACCUGCAGCAGCAGCAGCGCGCCUCGCUGUUCAACCGGCUGGUGCAGCUGGGGCUGUUCGAGGUGGUGACUCGCAUCAUGAUGCACAGCGUGGACGACGUCAAGCUCAAGGCCACGGACGUGCUCAUGUCCUCCAUGCAGCACGACGUGCUGGCGCUGCGGGAGUUCCUGUACAAGCAGGAGGAGCACACGCUGUUCGGGCUACUGGUGCGGGAGCUGACGGAUGGCACCGAUGCGGGGCUGGCGGAGCAGGUGUGCGAGGCGCUGAAGCUGCUGAUGGACCCCGACACCAUGGAGGCGCCGGUGGAGAAGAACGAGUUCCUGGACGUCUUCUACGACAAGUACCUGGACAAGAUGACGGAGGUGAUACUCAGUGACCAGAGCAUCAACACGACCGGCACGCGCUCGGUGCCGGCGGCGACCCUGGGGCUCAUUCUGGAGCUGCUGUGCUUCUGCGUGCAGAACCACUCGUACCGGAUACGCUACUACACGCUGCGCAAGCACCUUGUGGAGAAGGUGCUGAAGCUGCUGCACCGCCGCGAGCGCUGGCUGGUGUGCGGCACCGUGCGCUUCAUGCGCGUGUGUGUGGCGCUCAAAGACGAAUUCUUCAUUCGGUACCUGCUGCGGCACAACUGCUUCGGGCCGCUGAUGGUGGUGUUCUUUGAGAACGGCGAGCGCUACAACCUGCUCAACAGCGCGGUGCUGGACCUCAUCGACUUCAUACGCAAGGAGAACAUCAAGCCGCUGCUGGACCACCUGGUGGAACAGUACGGGCACCGCUUUGAUGAGUUCAGCUAUGUCAAGACCUUUGAGCAGCUGAAGCUCAAGUACGACCAGGCGCCGGAGCGGGCCGGCAACGGGGCAGUGGAGGGCGCGCCGGGGGCGGCGGCCGAGGCGCCGGACGCGGCAGCGGCGGCGGCCGCCGCCGCGGCGGCGGGCGGCGCGGCAGCGAACAUCCGGGGGCGCACGAUAGUGUUCAACACGGCGGGGCCACACAGACCCGGCAUGCCUCCGUACCACCGGAGACGGCGGCGCGACGACCGAGAUAUGGACAAGGACGAGGAGGAUUACUUCAGCGAGGACGCAGACGACGAGGCGGACGGGCAGGAAGACGGGCAGCGGCAUCAUCACCAUGCAGCAGCGGCAGGGCAGGACGCGGGCGACGCCGACGGCGCGGCGCCCAGAGUCGACAGCAAUAGCAGGGACCACGGGUCGCGGGCGCUGCGGGGCGGGCCGAGCCGGGUGCCAGUGGAGGCCGAGGCGGAAGGCGCGGCGGGGGCUCCUGCGGGGAGCGAUGAGGCGAUGCCGCAGGCUGCGCAGGAGCCGGAGGCCGCAGCGGCAGGGACGGCUGGUGCUGACGGGGCGGCGGGGGCGCAGGGCACGGCGGGCGGUAACCGGCAGUGGCCGGGCCUGGUAGAUUACGAUGACGACGAGUCGGAGCCUCACGCACAACCGCAGCAGCAGCAGCAGGAGGAGCCACAACAGCCGCAGCAGCAAGAGGCACAGCAGCAGUCGGCUCUCGAGGAGGCGGCUCAGGCGGAGCCGCUGACGGCGGGUGGGGACGAAGCGGUGGCCAAUGGGCCAACGCACACGCCGGUCGGGCGUGGGCCAAGUUUGGAUCUGGGCCGGCGACCGCGCAGCCCACAGAGCGACGCUGCAGAUGCCGAGGAGGGAGCGGGCGGGACUCCAGGCAAGCGGAUGCGUAGCGAGGACGGCGGUACGGCAGCAUCGCCGGCAACAGGGAGUGCGAACAGCUAGGUGGGCAGUGCAGCGCCGCAGCCGGAAGAGCAAGGGCUGCGCAGGGGAGUCGGCACUUGCCGAGGGCAUAUGCACACGCUCUUCCAGUAGGGCGAGGGCGGAAGCAGUGAUUGCUGCUCGGGGCCGGCGCGCAUCGCGCGCCUUGGCUGGGUGGUUGCACAGUGUCUGUCAGGCGUAUGUGGGGCGCUGUUUUAUUGGCGCUGCUGCCGUGCAUGCGCGGCGAUUGAAGCUUUAUCGGGAAGCUUGUGCUUUGGGUGGCAGCGUGUGUGUCUGGGUGAACGAGCGUGUGAGUGAGCGUGAGAGGCUGGGGGAGGGGUCGGCAGUGCGCCCACGCAUUCGGGCGCUGCCGCAUGCCGGCCGGCAGUGUGCAGCAGGGCGACUGGCCGGUUGACUGGCCCUGACGUGUUGACCGUUACUUCUGUUCCAGUUCUGGUGUUGUUGACCUGACCCGAAAUCUUCCAUGACGUGCGUGAGGCUGUUGUUUUAUGGGCAACCGGACGUCGGAACAAAUCGCUGCUCUGAGCAUUGCACAUAACCAAAUAUGAAGACUGGCGAGUUGGGCGGCACAGGUGCAUGGGCCUUGUCCGAGCGCCGAAUCCAAAUUACUGUUUCGGCUGGCAAGAUGCAUGCCCCAUUCUGUGUGUAACAGCAACACUGU